GGUGAUUUUCUUUCCUCUUGAAAUUCCGCACGUGCUGGCGCCGCUUAAAAAGUGUGUUAUUUUGUUUAACGAUUUAAGUUUGUAGGCAUAGUCAAACAAAUUAACUACGUCACUCCAAGAGCAGACGAGAGAAGUUAGCAUGAAGGAUAUUCAGGUCAAAGACAGCACCAAGGAGAAGGCGCCCCAAAAGGAGGCUCAAGAGGAUUCCGAGGAAGCCAGCUCAGACGAUGAUGAAUACGAUGACAUUGACGAUGACGAAGACGAGCCAAUGGACGAAGGGGAUGAGCCAACUACAUGUCUGUUCUGCACCGAAACCUCUCCAAAUAUAACGACAGCAAUUGACCACCUGGAUACCCAGCACAAGGUGAAUCUGUCGCAACUUCAAAGGAAAUUCCAAAUGGAUCAGUAUUCCUUCAUCAAGCUGAUAAACUACAUAAGAGCUACCAAGACAACAGCCGAGCAGUUGCUCUCCACGGAGCAGGAUCUGUGGCAGGACGAAAAAUACCUCAAGCCAGGGGAAUAUGAACCCUGGUUGUGCUACGACUAUGAAGUCCUUAAGUCAGACGUUGUUCCGGGCCAGGACACAGUGUCCGAGCUUCAGCAGCGGAUUGCAGAGCAAGCACAGUUGCUUCAACAGGCUAACGAGGACAUGGAACGCAUGCGCAACGACUACAAGGAGCUAUUGCAAAAGGUGCACGGCGAUGGCGAACCGAAGGAUGCUGGCAAUUCUGUACCGCGAAACAACACCAGUCUGGACAAUGAGUACUUCAAAAGCUAUUCCCACUUCGGAAUCCACCAUGAAAUGCUGAGUGAUAAGGUGCGGACAAGCACCUACCGCGCAUCCCUGUUCCAAAAUGAGGCAGUUGUUCGCGGCAAGACAGUGCUAGAUGUGGGCUGCGGCACGGGAAUCCUAUCUAUCUUUGCUUCCAAGGCAGGUGCUGCCCGAGUUGUAGGCAUAGACAACUCUGAAAUCGUAUACACUGCCAUGGACAUCGUAAGAAAAAACAAGAUCGAUAAUGUUCAGCUGAUUAAAGGUCGCCUGGAGGACACAGAUCUGCCAGAGGAAAAAUAUGACAUCAUCAUUUCUGAGUGGAUGGGCUACUUUCUGCUCUACGAGUCGAUGCUGGACAGCAUCAUCUAUGCUCGAGAGCACCACCUCAACCCGAAUGGCAUAAUCCUGCCAAGUCGUUGCACUCUCAGUCUUUUAGGCUAUGGAAACGACACACUUUAUGCAGAACAAGUAGACUUCUGGUCUAACGUUUACGAUGUGGAUAUGACUGCUCUGCGAAAGCGUUCCAUUGAGGAGCCACUCAUGGAGGUGGUGGAAGCAGAGUUUAUGCUCACGGAUCCGGAACAGAUUGCUAACUUCGACAUAAUGACUGUCGAUCUGAACUAUCCUAACUUCAGUUACAAUUUCAACUUGAAGGUCACGAAACCUGGUCGCUUGUCCGCUUUUGUGGGCUACUUCGACACACUCUUUGAACUGCCUUCCCCCGUCACGUUUAGUACAUCACCAACCGCGACGCCCACUCAUUGGAAGCAAACGGUCUUCUUCAUUGAUCAGCCUCAGAUCGUAAAGGAGGGAGACGUGAUCAGUGGAAAAAUCACGUCGAGACGACAUAGAGAGGAUGUUAGAGCCCUCAGUGUGGAUAUAGAAGUCUUUGGCAAGAAACACAAAUACAUGGUGGUGUAAUAUCGGCGGGUGCUAUAACUUAAUAAAUUACUACGACCAUGAAGAAAAACUA